GUUGUCUCAGGGGUCUUGUCUUGAUUUAAGCUUUAUCGCAGUUUAUGGGUUUUGAAGAUUCUUCAUUGGAUAUUAUAAUUUUAUAAUUUUGUGAUUCGGUUGCGAAUUAAAUUGAAUCAAAACAUCUAUUUUAAUAGGUUCCAGAUAUCUAUUCAGUUGAAUGCGAUUCCUUGUUGCGUGAAAACUGGAAUAAUUCGAAAUAUUGUUCAGCUGUCCGAAUGAACGUAAUUGUAUAGUCGUAAAUAAAGAUUUCCAAGCGGAGACGAUGAAUUUCUUGGAACAUGGUAAACCGAUUUUUGCGCCUAAAUUGGAAAAAAUGGCAUCAGUUAGCGCAGCAAUCGCUUUAUGGAAUCACGCCAUCGCCACCGUCACGAUGCCACAUUUAAUCAAAGAUGAAAUACUCGAAUGGAUUGACGUGUUACCGGUGCCCAAAUUGUUAUCCAAACCAAUCAAGCGUCACUUCUAUGUCCUACGUAAAAACGUGCUUUGCUGGAUCUCUUACGUUACUCGACAAGUGUUUAUCUGGAAAGCAGAAGGAUCUCGAAUUUAUCAGCUCGUCAACUAUAUUAUUUGGCAUUCCAAUGGAACCAUCAAUUCCGCAGAGACAGCUCGAAAUUUAUUAAAAUCUGAUGAAUUGACAAUUAUACAGAAGUUCCGUCUUGCGUGUACUUAUUGUCUGCGAGAAGAAAUAGAAAAAAUAUGGUCCAUGGUGGGGUAUGAGGAUAAUUACGACCUCGUUAGUAUAUUUCGGUUCUUUGAUUACCCCUUAGUAUAUUAUUGGAGAUAUUACUUCGCCGAUGAUUUGGAUAGCAUACGAACGCCGGAAAAUGUGAGUAUCGAUGAGUUCAUGAUUAAGCGACGGUAUGUCAAUAACUGGCCAGCCAUCGAGUACUUUUUCGAUCGUUUGGAUGCAGAAAAACAAGUUACACUAACGAUUUGGUCGAUUGACGAGCGCAAAUCAUCUGUUCAGAAAUUCUUAUUGGUGAAGUUGAACGAAUCUCAACGUUCGCGCGUGAUCAUCGAUCGAUUUACCCUAAUCAUGGAUAACUACACGUCGACCAGGAAUAUCGACGACGAUGAGUUAGCGAUUUCAACUUGGCACGAUGCUCGCGAUUUAAUCACCGAGAAGCAAUUUCUCGAACUGUUUUACCUUCUGUUGGAAGAAAGAGUCCAAGAUUUUAUUUUGACAGAAAUUUGGAACACCGCUCGCGACGAUUUCAAGCGUCAUAUUUUGAAUCACGGCGAUGAUGAUUUCAUUAAAAGAAUAUUGGAGUGGUGCGUAAAUAGACCGAAGCAGAGCUGCACUUUUCUAUCAGCUGUGUUGACGGAUCACGUUAGUGCAGACGUUAGGCGAGAAAUCACGAAGAAGGCAUUUUUCAGCGAGUGGUGCGUAGAAUUUAUUGAUUACGAUGCUGUAGAAGUGCUUGAUCAACUGAUAAACUCGUGCUUUCCCACAGCAGAAGAAUCGACUAAAUUCAAACUAACUCUCACCAAAACUUCGUAUUUUGGUAAGCACUGCGAUUGGCUAUUGAAGCUUCAUAAAAUUCGAGCACUGGCGAAUCUGUUGAAUGUAGUCUUCCCAAAAACAGAUCCUUCAUCGGUACAAUUGUUACGUAAAUUGUUGAAAAAACAUUCGAGAAAUCUCGAUCAGCGAUGUUUGACUUAUUAUUCGACUGGAAAUUUAAAAGGAUUGAUUGAUUUACUUGCUCCGCUCGCCUCAUCGUAUCCAGAAAUCAUUUCCGACUACAAAAGUAAGCUACUCGUGUCACGUGCUGGUUUCAAAGCUUGUGUAAAGCUUUUCAGUUCGGCGAAUGAUGUAUUGGUUGAAGUUAUAGCCGAUGGCAUUCCAGCUAAUCAGGCUGCUGAGUUCAAAAAAAGAAUUAUUUUUUCAUACGAGGGGAUUGAUAAACUGCAAAAUAUGCUGAUCAAAGGGUAUUCGAUUAAGGCGAAAACGUUGGCUUGCUUAUUUCUCGAAUCUGACUCUGAUAAAAAGAUCUUGAGGACGUUAUUGAUCGAUCGUCUGAAAGAAGGAAAACGUGAUGUUCCUGCCAAAACAAGAAAAAGGUUUUUGGAGUUCUUACUGUAGUUGAGUAUUUACAAAAAAUGCGAUGAUUUAGUUUAUCAGGUUCUGAAAGUUGAUAUGCUUGUUAGCUUAUACGUAUGUGGUACCUAUCUUAUUACAAUUUUUUUCAUUUUUCAACGUUUUUAUGUACCUGUGUGUUUAUGGCGUUUCUGUUUCGUUCGUUUUAUUAAUAUUUCUGUUGCCUGUCUCAAGAAACUGAUUCAAGGUGAUGUGUAAUGGGAAUGGUCAAGGGUAGUUAUAAUAAUUUUAUUAUUAAUUGUUCCAGUUGUGAUUGUUUUUUGUGUUAGUCACUUUAGUAUCACAUUUUAUGACCUAUGUCUUAGUUUAGUUUUGUACUAAUGUAAUUGAUUUGUGACUUAAAUUUUGUUCGUUUUUUCAUGUUUCUGUUAUUUGGUGUGUCAAGUAUUGAAAUAUUGGUUUUGGAAAGUCUUAUAAUUGGAAAUAAUUUUAGAAAAAAUUAAAUUUUAAACGCCGGUGUAUUGA